AUGAAGGAUCAAUACGAUUGUUUAAAUAAAGCUCAAUUGAGCUUUGAAUAUUUGCAUACAAACUCAACUACACAUACAUUUCUUUUUGGUGCACUAGCUGAACUAGUUGAUAAUUCACAAGAUGCCGGUGCAAAAAAUCUUGAUAUUUAUACAUGCAAAGAUCCAUAUUUACGUGGAGGGUUUUAUUUGGCAUUUUUGGACGAUGGUUGUGGAAUGAAUUACGAUGAUGUAUUCAAUGUAAUUGUUUUUGGUAAAUCAGCAAAACGUCAUAGUCUUGAUUCUACUCAAAUUGGUCAAUAUGGUAAUGGUUUAAAAUCCGGUGCUAUGCGUAUAUCAAAUGAUUUUAUAUUAUUUACAAAAAAAGAUAAUAUUGGUACAUGUUUAUUUCUUUCACGUACAUUCCAUCAAGAAGAACAUAUAUCUCAAAUAAUGUGUCCUAUGCCUUGCUUUGAUUUAACUAGUCAACAACCAAUUGAAAAUACUGAUAAUCAACAAUUAAAUGGUACACGUACAUAUACAUACGAUAAAAAUAAACAUGAACUUGAAAUGUAUCUAAUUACAAAAUAUUCGCCAUUUAAAACAAUUGAUGAUUUUUUUAAACAAUUUAGUUUAAUAAAAUCUGCUAGUGGAACAUUAAUUAUUUUAUAUAAUUUAAAAUUAUCUGAUUGUGGUGAACCAGAACUUAAUAUAAAAACCGAUCCAUAUGAUAUAUUAAUUGAUUCAAAAAACCGAAGAAAUUUAUUUAUUGAUGAUGAUAAUAGUAUUCCUUCAGAAUAUCGUUCACUUCGUGCAUAUGUUUCAAUUCUUUAUUAUGAACCACGUAUGCGUAUAACAAUACAAGGAAGACGUGUUAUAACAAAAAAAUUAUCAUAUACAUUGUAUAAACCUCGACAAUAUCAAUUUAAAUCUACACGUUUUAAAACACGUUCUGAACAAGAAAUAAAAAAGAGUGAAAAAGAACUUUUAUCAUUAGAAGAACGUAUACGUGAAGCUGAUUCACAAGUUUAUCAUAUACAACAACAAAAUGAAAUGACACCAUCGAUUGAUGAACGAAUACGAUUAAGAAAAUUACAAAUCAAUGCAGCUGAAUUAAAAGAUAUUGCUAAUCGAUUACGUAAUGGUCUUGUAAAAAAACGUAUGGAAAUGACUACAACAAAAACUUUAACAUUUAUUUUUGGAUUAAAUAUUCAAAAUCGAAUAGCUGAUGGAAUUUUUGUUUAUAAUUGUGGACGGCUUAUUAAAAUGUAUGAAAAAAUUGGACAACCAAAUAAAAAAACCUUAUAUUGUCGUGGUGUUAUUGGUAUUGUUGAUAUUCCUUCAAUUGUACUUGAACCUACACAUAAUAAACAAUCAUUUGCUGAUGAAAAAGAAUAUCAAUUUUUACUUAAAAAUAUGGGUGAAUAUAUGCGACAAUAUUGGGCUGAUACAGGAAUUGAGCAUUAUGUUAAAGAAUUCUGGGCAACCUAUGGUUAUCGAGAUGAUCAACUUGAUCGACCACCAUUAAAUGAUCCUGAAACAAUCAAACGUCGUCAAGUAGCUAUUCCAAUGCUUAUUCAAUGUGAUAAAUGUUUAAAAUGGCGUCGUCUACCGUACAAUGGUAAUGCUAAAGUUUUAACACAAAAUCAACUUGAAUCAUGGCAAUGUUCCGAUAAUACUGAUAUUCUUAACAAUACAUGUUCAGCAAAUGAAAAACUUGAAAUAAUACCUGAAGGAGAAUUAAAACAACAAUCACAAGGAACUAACAGUGGAAAUCAUACAUUAUUACGAGCAGUUUUGUCACCAGCUCGAUCUUUAGGAACUAAUAAACGUAUAUCAAAUGCUGAAAUUUCAUCGACGACAACGAAUAUUAAUUCAAAAGUAUCAACUCGUUCAAGUAUCGUUCCAUCAUCAUCCAAAACUUCUCAAAAACGUUCUCUACCUUCAUCUCGUUCAUUAUCAACAAAAACAAAACCUAAAAAGAAACCAAAACGAUGUAAUUCAAAACAAUCAACUGAAUCAAAAUCUAAAAUUCAUAAUCCUAUUAGUGAUGAUGAAAUUGAUGAAUAUGAACAAGAAUCAUUUGCAUCAGUUGCUCAACAAAAACAUGAUCAAACAUCAACAUCUAUUCAAAAUUCACGUUCAAAUAUUCAACAGACUUCACUAACAGAUUACGUAACAUCAACACAUCAUAUUCAUUUAAUUGAUGAUGAUGAUAAUACGGAAAAUAUUGAUAAUACUGAUAUAGCAUCAAAUAAUCUUCUUCCACCACCAACUAUUGGUGCACGUCUAUGGGCAAUGUAUCAAGGUGCUCGACGUACCGGCACAGUUUUAAGUGUAAAUGAUAAACGUGGCAUUUUUAAAAUGCGUUUUGAUGAAUUUCCAACAACUGAAUUCGAUUAUUCAUUCAGUUAUAAAUCAUCAGCAUGGUCUUAUAUUGGUGCUCCACCACCAUCAACAGAUCCAACAAUAACAUCAGUUGAAACAAUUGUUAAUGAACUAGAACCAUUAUCUAUUAUUGCAAAAAAAUUAAAAGCAUUAAUUAAAUUUAUGUUACCACCUGAUUGGAAAUUAACACAUGCACAAAUUUCAGCAAUGAGUUAUGAUGAUCUUAGUCAAUUUGAUAUUGCAGCUUUUAUGCAAUCUUAUCGAGAAAAAAUGACAAAAAUUGUUGAACAACAUAAAACUGAUGAAGAACAUUGGCGAACAUCAACUCAACAUUUACAAUCAGAAGCAACUAAAUUAUUUAAUCUGUGUGGAAUGUCAAUUCCAAUGGAUUGUUCAAUGGAAGAUUUUGAAGAACAUAUUGAACGUUACAUAGCAGAAGCUAUAAAAUCAUCUUGA